AUGGCGUUUCUGGGCCUUCUCUUGGUGGGGAUUCUGUUGGGAUCAGGUGUUUAUGCAGACGGUGAUGGUUGGAUGGAUGCUCAUGCAACCUUCUAUGGAGGGGGUGAUGCCUCUGGCACAAUGGGUGGAGCUUGUGGAUAUGGAAACUUAUAUAGCCAGGGCUAUGGGACUGACACGGCUGCUUUAAGCACAGCAUUGUUCAACAAUGGUUUUAGCUGCGGGGCUUGCUUCGAGAUUAAGUGUGUCAAUAACCAAAGGUGGUGCCUUCAAGGCUCAAUUGUGGUCACUGCCACCAAUUACUGCCCACCAAACAAUGCCCUCCCAAAUGAUGCAGGUGGAUGGUGCAACCCACCCCUUAAACAUUUUGAUCUCUCUCAGCCUGUCUUCCAACAAAUAGCUCAAUACAGUGCUGGCAUAGUACCCGUAGCUUACAGAAGGGUCCCAUGUCAAAAGAGAGGAGGCAUUAGAUUCACAAUGAAUGGCCAUUCUUAUUUCAACCUAGUCCUAAUCACCAACGUUGGUGGUGCUGGUGAUGUUCAAGCAGUUUCCAUCAAAAGUUCAAGAACUAAUUGGCAACCUAUGUCUAGGAACUGGGGUCAGAACUGGCAAAACAACGCUUACCUCAAUGGACAAAGCAUAUCAUUUAAGGUUACCACUAGUGACGGGCACACCUUGGUCUCUUACGAUGUUGUCCCACAUAGCUGGUCCUUUGGCCAGACAUUCACAGGGCAACAAUUCCCUUAA